ACAAAAUGGAAAGCACAUGAAAGGCUUUCGAGUAAGACACCCUUUUUUUGCAGGCCAGGAAUUCAUGGCCACACUCUGCUCCUCUCUCUUAUCUUCUCUUCUCAGCUAAACCAAAACAAGUUUACUCUCAAAACCCUCUCUUAUAUUUGUUUAACCUCUCUCUUCCUUUUUAAUUGUUGGUGCUGGAUCUGCUGAAUUAACCUGGCCAUGUAGAUCUUCCCUAUCAACAAAACAAGGCCAGGGAAAGAAAGGAAACCGAAAUAAAAAACGAAGAGGGCAGCUGGAAAACGAAGAAGAAGAAGAAGCAAGAAAUGGAUUUUGACGAACACGAAGACCAAGACGAAGAAAUGGGGAUGGCUGUUCCACCGGGCUACGACUCACUUGGCAACUCACAAGCAGCUCUGUCAAGAAUGGGACCCGCCAGCGGCGGUGAAGGUCCGGCGUCAGCAACACCAAGAAAAGUGGGAUCCACUAUAAGGUACCGUGAGUGUCUCAAGAACCAUGCCGUGAGUAUUGGGGGCCACGCUGUGGAUGGAUGCGGCGAGUUUAUGGCGGCUGGUGAGGAAGGGACCCUUGACGCCUUGAAAUGUGCCGCGUGUAACUGCCACAGGAACUUUCACCGUAGAGAAGGUGACGGUGAAGGUAAUACUUAUAACCCUCACCACCACCAGCACCACCCCCAAUUCUCGGCCUACUAUAGGGCGCCACCACCAGCGGGGUAUCUUCACCUAACGCCACCUCCACAGCACAGGCCUUUGGCCUUGCCAGCAGCGUCAGGGGGUGGUGGGGGCGGUAUUGCUGGUGGUUACAGCAGAGAGGAUGAAGAUGUUUCGAAUCCUAGUAGCAGUGGCGGUGGAGGUGGAGGUGGAGGUGGAGGCAGUGGUGGAUUGAAGAAGAGGUUCAGAACAAAAUUUACUUCCGAACAGAAAGAAAAGAUGCUGGAGUUCGCUGAAAGGCUCGGGUGGAGGAUUCAGAAGCAUGAUGAGGCUGCUGUGGAGCAAUUUUGUGAAGAAACUGGUGUGAAAAGGCAUGUGCUUAAGGUCUGGAUGCACAACAACAAGCACACUCUUGGUAAGAAACCCUAAUUUUUCAACAAAAAUGAGAAAAGAGCUUCACCAUUGUUACUUGGGAAGAAGAAGAAAAACAUCACAGAAGCAUGUGAUAAUGGGAAUGAGGAGAAUCGCGAUGUGAAUUUAGUAGGAUUGAACUAGGGUUCUCACCGUUUCUUUCUUUUUUCUUUUCUUUUUUCCAAUCUGAUUUUGAUUUUUAUCUAGUUUCUGUUAUUAUUAUCAGUGUUCAGCGUAGGAUGAUGAUGAUGACCUCCAGUUUCUGAUCAGUACAUUGUUGCUAAUUAAUGGGCCAUUGCUCAAACCAAGCAUCUUCUAACUGUAGUUCUUUUGAUUUCAAGAGUUGUCAAGUACCUUAGAAAUCUCAUCUUCAGUGCUUAGUAUAAUCCCAUCUUUCCAUCUGCUUA